UUCGAAGGCAAGGAGCUGCGGCUGAAGCAGGAAUAUUUCGUGGUGGCGGCCACGCUCCACGACAUCGUCCGGCGCUUCAAAUCCGCCAAAUUCGGCUGCCGCGACCCCGUGAGAACGGCCUUCGACGCCUUCCCCGACAAGGUGGCGAUCCAGCUGAACGACACCCACCCGUCCCUGGCCAUCCCGGAGCUGAUGCGGAUCCUGCUGGACGAGGAGCGCCUGGGAUGGGAUGAGGCCUGGGACAUCACGGUGCGCACCUGCGCUUACACGAACCACACGGUGCUGCCCGAGGCGCUGGAGCGGUGGCCGCUGCACCUCCUCGAGUCGCUGCUGCCGCGGCAUCUGCAGCUCAUCUACGAGAUCAACCAGCGCUUCCUCGAC